AAAGCUUAUUCAAGUUCUGGCAGCCAGAGCGUGCGCAUCAUUUCAUCGGCUGGGGCGCGCUGGAUAUAUAUAAAUCCACUUUUUUUUUUUCUCACGAGGAAAAGGGAAUUUAAAAAAAAAAAAACAACGGGCUCAGAUAGAGGAAACAAGUGAGACAUCUAGAUAUAAAGCUGUGGCUUUAAGCAAAGAUCCACACACCAUGGAUGGCUUUUAUGACCAGCAAGUCCCUUUUUUGGUUCCUCCCAAUAAAUGUCACGUGGAACAACCUAGUGAGAGACCAUGUGGUGACAGGAAAAGGAAGUUUGCCGACACUGAACUUGCACAGGACACAGAAGAGCUCUUUCAGGAUCUCAGUCAGCUGCAGGAGAUCUGGAUUGCAGAAGCCCAGGUUCCUGAUGACGAACAGUUUGUCCCAGAUUUCCAGUCUGAUAACUUGAUGUUCCAUGGGCCCCCUCCAACGAAAAUCAAGCGCGAGCUUUGUCCCGCCGAAGAGCUGUCCCCCUGCCGCCAGGAGCAGAGCCUGACACCCUGUGCAGAGAAGUGCCUUUACAGUUACAGUGCCUAUGACAGGAUGCUUGGUGCUGGGUUCAAGCCGCUGACUCCUCCCUCCACGCCAGUCUCCCCUUGUGGCUCCACACACACUCCGGGUGUGCACACGCUCCAGGAGCAGCCUCUGACCUCGGUCUCUGCCCAGACGCCAGGGCCGCGUCCCAUGCACAGGCAGCCUGCUGCUCCCAGUGUGACACACAACCAGAGGACACUCCCAAUGAGCGGACAGGCGACACUUUUUGCAGUACCUCGCCCACCAGUCAGUCACUCCGGCACCUACAGUUCAGACCACAGGUUUCACAGACAACUCUCAGAACCCUGCCUGCCGUUCCCGCCUUCGGAGGCCCAGGGCUGCUCCUCCUACUCCUCCCCGGUCCCCAGCACCUCACCUCGCGAUGGACGGCCCCCCUACCACAGACAGAUGUCCGAGCCCCUUGUCCCUGUGCCUCCCCAGGGCUUCAAGCAGGAGAUGCAGGACCCCCGUUAUCUAGAGCAGGGUGUCCCUACCAUGGGGCUUCCUCAGCCCACCUUUCCCUCCUUGCCCAUCAAGCAGGAGCCCAGAGACUUCUGCUUUGACUCCGAAGUGCCUAACUGUCAGUCUUCAUUUGGGAGGGCAGCAGGAUUCUACCAAAACAACCAUGAUGGUUUCGCCUUCGACAGAGAGCAACACCUCUACUAUGAUGACACGUGUGUGGUCCCUGAGCGACUUGAAGGCAAAAUAAAGCAGGAGCCCUCAGCGUUCCGUGACGGCCCCCCAUACCAGCGGCGCGGCUCUCUGCAGCUCUGGCAGUUCCUGGUCACCCUGCUGGAUGACCCCAGCAACGGUCACUUCAUCGCCUGGACUGGCCGUGGCAUGGAGUUCAAGCUCAUUGAGCCAGAGGAGGUUGCUCGGCGCUGGGGCAUCCAGAAGAACCGGCCUGCCAUGAACUAUGACAAGCUGAGCCGCUCAUUGCGUUACUACUAUGAGAAGGGCAUUAUGCAGAAGGUUGCUGGGGAGAGGUACGUCUACAAGUUUGUCUGUGACCCAGAGGCCCUCUUCUCCAUGGCCUUUCCUGAAAACCAGCGGCCCAACCUGAAAGCUGACGCAGACGGCCUGCCGGGGGCCGAGGAUGACACGUUUCCCCUGACUCACUACGACGAGAGCACAUCUUACCUGGCAGAUGGGGCGGAGCAGUGUGUGUCUGGACUGCCGUUCCCUGAUGGCUUCGCGUACUGAUCUGGUGGGCCGGGUCCAAGCCCAGAGCCCAAGCUCACUGAGCAAGCUAGGAGAUUCGACCUUAUGCUCCUGCUUCUCGUGACUUGUCACCCCUUCCCCCUCCCCUUCCUUGCACACUCCAGAGAGAAAGAAGAACCUACCAUCCACUCCCACUUUGCCAUCAGCCAGUAUGCUGGGUCUGAGACAUGAUGGACAGACUGGGCACAGCUGUCUGCAGCUUCCUUUUGGAAAGGAGGGCAGGUCUUACUAUGGGGAGUAGGCGCAAGGCAGACAGGGCCCCCCAUGGACGGUUGCCAGUUCCUUUCUCUGUUGACUACCAGAAUUGUGGCAAUUCUGUACUGACAAUCUGCUUUUCUAGAAGCAUACAUAAAAUUAUUUAAAGAAGAGAAAAAUGCAGCACUACGCUACACUGUAAUUGCCUUUUGGUCUCCAACUGAUUUUUACAUUUCUGAAUAUAAAAAGCUUCAGAACUGCAUCACGCUCAUAAAAUCUUUUAAUAGACGAAAGCUGUCAUUGAUCUGUUUUAUGCAGUUAAACUGCUUUCUAAAGCUUUUAUAUUUUUAUGUUGAUCAGGUAUAAGUCAUUCUCCUGACCUAACCAGAAGGGUGUUCCUCCAGUUUGCUGAUGCAUGUUUUAUUUUUGUUUUUAUUUCAAAGUGCAAUGUUUUUUUUUUUGGUUGGUGUUUUUUGGGUUUGUUGUGCUGCAUUAAAAGUCUCUCAGACCAGAGCUGUUACGCACUCUUCUGCAUCGAACACUCGAUCUGUCACAGAGGGCUCUUGGGCAACCUGUGCGUCCCAGUGUCGGUCCGUACACAUCUGUGUGACUUUGGAGUAACGCAGCAGCCCGUCAGUGCUCCGGGAGAGAGGCGCAAGCAGCAUUUGAACUUUAUUCCUUUCAGUUCUUGUGUGACUUCAAAAAGGGAUGCGUAAAAAAAAAAAAAAAAAAAACUAUUUUCAUCCCAUAAACGUUUUGACUUCAUGUACAUGUAAAAGGUAUAUAUUAAAGAACACGAUGGUCACCUUUUGUAGGCUUUUUGUAUUUAGACUUUUUCUUUGGCACUGUUCUCAACUGAGGUUUUGGAACAUUGCGCUUGAGUACAGGAGCUUCAGAGACCCAUUGAAAGGAACUGAUUUCUGUCUUUUUACUCUGCAACUCACACUGAAGAGCACCUGCUACUUUCAGUUGCACUGAGUUCUCCACAGGUAACUAAGUAACAUAUCGCUUUACUUUGGAUUUCAGAAAUUCUCUGCAUUUAUAUAUUUUUUUUUUUUCUUUUUCCUAGUGGGGUGGAGAAUGAGACAAAGGUAUAUAAAUAUAUUUUUGCAAACUGCAUCUGUUUGAUCUGUUGUAUGUACUGUAUAAUUCUGCCAAUUACAGAUAUGUAUCUUUUGUACUUCGUCAUACUUGUGACGAAGUGAAUAUUGCUAAGACUGCAUCUUGCUCGGGGGGGGGGGGGUCCUUAUCGUGGGAGUUUGAGUCUGAGAAAGCCUCGUCUUAGUUGUCCUACCAUGGUGGGGCUCCACUGCGCUUAUACAGGCUUUGUUCCCCUCACAUCGUGUACCUUACACUGCUGAGUUUAUAAUCUGUACUGGGUACAAUAAAUCUUUAC